AUGUCUAAAGCACCAACUCCACAAGGCAUAGACAUCAUGGACCGUCUCAACAAACAGACGUAUGAAUGUGUUAUUUGUAUGUCUCCGAUAUUCAAGUUUCAACGGAUCUGGCCAUGUCCUCGAUGCUAUACUGUUGUGCACUUCCAGUGUGUUUCGAAUUGGGCGACAGACAAGCCGAGUUGGUCGUGUCCCGUCUGUCGGCUUCAAUUUUCAUCGCCACCAAAGCCUUCAUGUUAUUGUGGGAAACACACUGAUGGGUCGCGAUUUGAGUCUGCUCACUGCUGUGGCGACAUCUGUGGUAAACUGCGUGUUGGGACUUCGUGCAAGCACCCAUGCACUGCAAAGUGCCAUCCUGGUCCCUGUGGUCCUUGCACCGCCGGAGGGAAGACUGUGACGUGCUUCUGUGGACGGAACCAAAUACAGUUGGGGUGUUGUGAUGAGGAGUCCUCACGUUCCUGUGGUAACAUGUGUUUAAAGCCUCUUCCAUGUGGACACGUAUGCACUGCUUUGUGUCACUCUGGGAAGUGUCCGACGUGUCCUGCGAAGGUCCACAAGACGUGUUACUGUGGACGGAGUGAAAAGGAUUUGUGUUGUGGUGAGGUGAUUUGCGAUUCAGUCACAAAGGGGUAUUUCUCGUGUGAUAAAGUGUGUGGGCGUGUCUUGUCGUGUGGGAAUCAUUACUGUCAAAGACCGUGUCAUUCAGGACCAUGUGGUGACUGUCCAACCCCAAUAUCCAUCACAAAGUGUGCGUGUGGAGCUGUUCAUGUUGAAAGAAGAACAUGUCUUGACGCGCUUCCUGUAUGUCACAAAGUGUGUGGUCGAGGAUUACCAUGUGGUCAUAAUUGUAUAUUAGAAUGCCAUUAUGGAGAGUGUGUAUGUAGUCACACGGAGAUUAAAAAGUGUCCGUGUGGUGCGAAGGAGUUUGUAGUGAAAUGUGGAGAGGAAGUUCCCAAUUGUGAUGAAGUGUGUGGGACUCUACUGUCGUGUGGAGUUCAUAAAUGUCAAAGAAAGUGUUGUCCUGGGAGAGGAAAUAGUACUUCCGACAUUCACACGUGCUUUGAAUUCUGUGGGAAGACACUUCCAUGUGGGCAUAUCUGUCGCGAGUUGUGUCAUGGGAAGAAGAAGUGUCCGCAAUGUCGGCAAGUCCUUUUAACACCACUGACGUGUGCUUGUGGUAAAACUCAAAUCAGUCCGCCGGUGUUAUGUGGCACGCAGCCCCCACAGUGCAAUUAUUUAUGUGAAAAAGUCCGACCCUGUGGACACAAGUCUGAGAACCACAAGUGCCACUUUGGGGAGUGUCCGAAAUGCACUGAACUUGUUGAGAAAAAGUGUUUUUGUGGGAAGGGACGAGUGCGUGUGUGUUGUUACAUAGAAUCUGCUUCAUGUGGCGAGAAGUGUUUGAAGCCGAUGAGUUGUGGAGUCCAUUUCUGCCAACGAGUGUGUCACUCUGGGUGUUGUGUUGAGCCAAUAAGUGUAGUAGAGAAUAGUACAGAAUGUGUGACAUACCCGUGUCCUUAUCGAUGUGGGCGGAAAAAGAUGUAUUGCAAUCACUUAUGUACAUUACCAUGUCAUGGCACAUCUUUAUGCCCUGAAACAGUAUGUGAAGAAUAUGUCGAGUAUACGUGUAAGUGUGGGAAGCGCAAGAGCGUCGAGAAAUGUGGUGGGUGUAAGGCUCAUCCAUAUGUAGAGAAAGUGUUAGAGUGUGGGGAAGAGUGUCAAGUAGUAGUGUACAAUAUCCCAGAGAGAAAGGUGAAGUAUCCGUUAUGGAUGUUAGUCUUACUCGAGUCUGUUGGGAAACUUGGAAAGACAUUUGAGAGUGCUUUACGGGAGUAUUUGACACAAGCAGUAGAGCCUUCUCUUAUUAUUUCUGGGAAGAGUGUACUCUUUUCGUUCUUUGUAUAUCACUUAGCUCAAUAUUACAAUGUCACAGUGACUGAAAUGAAAGACAAAAAGACUACUGUGUUUACUGUUACAAGAACUCCAGAGAGUACAAUGGCUACUCCUAGCUUAACAGAGUCACUUUUAGAACGAAGGUCUGAAGUCACAAUCACUAAAACGCCGUUCAUCGCCAAUGUUGUGAUACAAGAAAGUGACGGGGAAGGGGAGUAUGUAAUACACUUAACUCGAGUCUCCGACGACGGAUAUGAUGGUAUCAUAGAUUUACUUAAAAGAAUGCGAUACAUCUCGAAAAACAUCCACGUCGACUGGCAGAACUUUUUGGUCUUUUUUAACGACAAAAACGCGAUAGAGUACGCCGUCAAGGAAUUUAAGCGACUUGGCGGCGCGCUCAUUCGCGACGACAACAUCGUGAAAAUAGCGAAAGAAAUCAAUCUGUACGAUUUAGAUAAGAAGUUCACAAAGGAUGGAGUCAAGUUUGUCUAUUUCUUGCUUUCAAAGAAGUUCCAACAAAGCGCGACGUACACGAUUCUGAAGUACGCAAAUGGGUAUAUCAGAAACGUGUUGAGCAAUUACAGAACAGUCUUCAAGAGGGUUUUAGACGGCGAAAUACUCAAACUCGACUUAAAAGAGGAGAAAGGGUUCUUCAUUAAACAAAUUGAUGUCGAAGUGACAGUCUCAAAGACUUUGAUAAACAAAAAUGUGGGCAAGCACAAAGACAUUCUGAUGUUUGCUGUUGCUAUUCAAAUCGGUGAAAGUGCAGAGAGUGCCUUUGAAGUCACACUUUCAAGAAAUGUGAGAGAUGAUGGUGACAUGUUUGAAUUUAAAGGGAAAGUCUCUGGUCAACAACUUGAAAAGAUACGGAACAAGUCUGUCAUUGUCAUCUUACAUACUACACGUCGAGAUGUCAUUGGGCCAAAAGCAAGUGCGCAAUUAUACUUUGAAGCUAAGAUGUAUCCCAUAGACCCUAAAAUAAAGAAGAUUUGA